AUGUCUACAAUAUGCGUGAAUCAUGAGCCUCCAACAUACAAAGAACAAUUAGACCGCACAGUCAAAAGGUUUCCACAUUAUGUUAAAUCCUAUGUGCAAGGUCUCUUUCCGAUUGUUGGCUGGUUACCACGUUAUAAUUUAACAUGGUUCACAGGUGAUCUCAUUGCGGGUUUGACUGUGGGUGUAAUUAUAGUUCCACAAGGCAUGGCUUAUGCUAAGAUUGCUCAGUUACCACCAGAAUACGGUCUCUACUCAUCGUUUGUCGGAUUGUGUAUUUACUGUUUCUUUGCGACGUCAAAAGAUAUUUCUAUUGGUCCCACUGCAGUAAUGUCUCUUUUGAUCGGUCAAGCUAUAUUAUCAAUUGGUACUCAUGAAUAUUCCGCUCCUCAAAUUGCUUCUUGUCUAACACUGUUUAGCGGUCUAGUUACUAUAGCCAUUGGUCUACUUCGGCUUGGUCUGUUAGUGGAUUUCAUUUCCAACCCAGCUAUUGCAGGUUUUAUGACUGGUUCAUGUAUAACAAUCAUCAUCGGUCAAUUGCCAAAAUUAUUCGGGAUACCUGGUAUCAAAUCCAGUUUAUCAGCGUAUUUAAUAUUAGGAUACACUCUUAAAGGACUUCCACACACUCAUUUAGAUCUGGUGUUUGGCGCUGUUGGUCUCAUAUGGUUGUACAGCGUCAAAUAUUCGGUCCAGUAUUUGAUUCAACGUUAUCCAAAGCGGGAGCGACUAUUGUUCUUUUUUGGAAUUGCUCGAAAUGCGAUCUUGGUCAUUGUUGGCACUUUAAUUGCUUGUUUAGUUAAUUUACACAAGACAACCAGCCCGAUCAGUAUACUAAACAAAGUCCCGUCAGGAUUCAGAUCAAUGCAUGCUCCCAUUGUUACGCCGGAUAUUUUAUCAGCAAUAAGUCCGUACAUUGUGCCGUCUACAAUUAUUUUGAUCUUAGAACACGUAGCUAUUGCCAAAUCAUUUGGAAGAAUCAAUGACUAUAAAAUUGAUCCAAAUCAAGAAAUCGUUGCUAUUGGUGUCUCGAAUAUCAUUGGAUGUUUUUUCUCCGCCUAUCCGACUACUGGUUCAUUUUCACGUACUGCCAUUAAAUCAAAAUCGGGUGUUCGUACACCCAUCGCUGGUGUAUUUAGCGCAUGCGUCGUUGUUUUAGCCUUAUAUGCUUUGACACCUGCAUUUUAUUUUAUACCGGAUGCUGUAUUGGCUGCAGUUAUUAUACAUGCUGUGGCUGAUUUGGCAACAGGUCCAAAAGUCUGGAAAGAACUAUGGGAUGUGCACCCAUUAGAAUUAUUCAUUUUUGUUUCAGCAGUUAUUAUUACUUUCUUCACAACUGUUGAGUACGGAAUUUAUACAGCCAUUGGAGUGUCGUUAUUUGUACUUCUACUUCGUAUUGCUCGUCCUCGAUUUAAUGUCCUCGGACGCAUUAAAAACAGCCGUAGUCUCUAUUUUCCAGUUGAUUAUCCCACUUUAGUUGAGUACAUAGAAUCGAGUCCAGAUGGUGUCGCUAUAUUUCGAUUAAAUGAAUCGUUGACAUAUCCAAAUGCCAGUUACAUAUCAGAUAAAAUGAUUGACCAUGUCAAGGAAAACACUCGCAGAGGAAAACCCGUUUCGAAAACCAAGGGCUCUCGUCAAUGGAACGACAAUACAAAAGCAGAGUCUAUUACUGCCCCAAAACCGUUGCUGAAAGCAAUCGUGAUUGAUUUCGCUGCGGUAGCUAAUAUUGAUUCGACAGGUAUCCAAUGCAUAACAGAUGUAAGGCAGAUUGUGGACAGAUGGGCUAAUCGUUACAUCUACUGGCAUUUUGUCAAUGUUCACUCACCGGAAGUAAGACGUAUUUUAGUCAGAUUAGGAUUUGGCACUCAAUUAAGUACUAUAUCUGCGGUUCUCAUACCAAAUGAUCGUGCUCGAAUUAAGACUGUCGUUGUUGCAACUAAUAAGUUAACUGAUAUCACGAAUGUAGAUGAGACUUUCAAAGAAAAACAUCGAUUUACGAGAACAACUGAUAUUCCAUAUUUGCAAAUAGAGCCGAAAACUGACAAGAGCUUACAACAACCGAUAGCUGUUGGGCACCAAUAUGCAUUUACGGAAGAUAAUAAUCCAGUCAUUGUUAAAGAUAUGUACAGAUUUUUUCAUUAUAGUAUGGAUGAAGCAGUUAAAGCUGCCCAAAAGUCAUACGAAUAUUAA